AUGGCGGAUGCACCUCUGUACAAGCAGCGCCGCACGUACACCAGGGAGCUCCACGACGUCCACCUCCACGGCAACCACAAGCUCCACGUCGUUUGCAAUAGCAAGGGUAAAGACGUGGACAAGAUGCUGUCCACGUUCAGGAGGAAGCUCGGCGGAAUGCCCGUCAAACUAGUCGGCGUUGAUGUCGAGUACACUCACUACGUGAAGCCACAGCGGGCAGCAGUGCUCCAGCUAUGCGUAGAAAAAGAAUGCCUUGUCUACCACAUCUCUGCAGCUAAAGGCAGGCCAAUGGAACUAGACAAAUUCCUCAUGAAUGGUGAGUACACCUUCGUCGGAUUCGCCAUUGAAGGAGACAAAAGCAAGCUGAAGGUAUCUGGUUUGGAGAUCAACUCCGACAACUACAUUGAUAUUCAGGUGGAAUGGAGAGACCCAUACAAUAAAAAGAAGUUUGACUCUUUGGCUGAUGUUGCCGGCAGGAUGAUAGACAUUCACUACCAUGACAUGAAGAAAAAAAAUUAA